UAUUUAGCCAGAAGUGUUGACGAUAGAAGGUCUUUUCUGAGAUCGCUUACCGAUUCUGGUCGAUUACUUUUCUCGUUCACCUUCCUUACAAAAUCGAGCCGCGUUGGGGUCAUUUUUGCGUGAAGGAUUAGAAAAAGGAGGGGAAAAAUGGGCGAUCAUUUGGCAAGAGGUGAAGAUUUCGAGCAGAAAGCCGAGAAGAAGCUCAGCGGCUGGGGACUCUUCGGUUCCAAAUACGAAGACGCUUCUGAGUUGUUUGAUAAAGCCGCGAAUUCCUUCAAGCUCGCCAAAGAAUGGAAUCGGGCAGGUGCUGUGUAUGUUAAGUUGGCCAAUUGUCAUUUGAAGAUGGAUAGCAAACACGAAGCUGCUAAUUCAUAUGCUGAUGCUGCACAUUGCUACAAAAAAACCAACAUAAACGAGUCAAUAUCCUGCCUAGAGCAAUCAGUAAAUGUAUUUCUAGAUAUUGGAAGACUUAAUAUGGCUGCCAGAUAUUACAAGGAAGUAGCAGAGUUGCAUGAGCAAGAACAAAACUUGGAGAAGGCUGUUGUUUACUAUGACAGAGCUGCUGAUCUUUUCCAAAGUGAAGAAGUAUCAACAUCUGCAAAUCAGUGUAAACAGAAAGUUGCUCAAUUUUCUGCUCAAUUAGAACAAUAUCAGAAGGCUAUUGAGAUUUAUGAAGAGAUAGCGCGCCACUCUCUCACUAAUAAUUUGUUGAAGUAUGGAGUUAAAGGGCAUCUCCUUAAUGCUGGUAUUUGCCAGCUCUGCAAGGGCGAUGUCGUCGCAAUAACCAAUGCUCUAGACAAAUACCAAGAUUUGGACCCAACAUUCUCCGGAACACGCGAGUACAAGUUACUAUCGGACUUAGCCGCUGCAGUCGAUGAGGAAGACAUUGCAAAAUUCACUGACGCCGUGAAGGAAUACGACAGCAUGACCCAACUGGAUUCUUGGAGGACAACACUUCUGCUGAGAGUGAAGGAGGGGUUGAAAGCUAAAGAGCUAGAGGAGGAUGAUCUCACCUAACUCUUGAGUCUUGAGGUGAUAAGUAAUUCUUUUUGUUGAUUAUGUUUCGAAUUAUUUUGAAUGCAGCAGCAUGCAUACCUUCACUUGCUUUGAGCUUUAGUUAGUAUGUAUUGUAUUAUUAUAUAUAUAUAUAUAUAUAUAUUAUAACAAAACUGGAUGCCUUAUUUGUAUUGAAUGAAUAAUAAGAUACAGGUUCCCUUCCAUGGCCAUAGCCAUAGCCAUAAUUUCAUUGUAAAACUACUUAAGCCCCACUUUUAUAGACAAAAUUUCAUGUUUUUCUUGGAAGGUUGGUUGUAAUAAUU